UUUCUCGGACCAAACAUGGGUCCUGCUCAAUGGCCAGAUUGCAACAGAUAUGUAGAGGCAGUCAUUAGCAAGCUAUGCCAACUUUUUCCAAGCUCCAGGCGUAAUCAACAAGGUAUUAAACUUGACAGGUGGACUCUAAUUGGCAGAGCAUAUGAACAUAUUCGGCAGUGCAUUUUAAAUAAUGCUCAAGUAAUGGCCAACACAGCAAUUCAGCUUCCAUCUAUCAACAAAACAACCUUAACACAAUGGUUUAAUCGUCGUGGGAAAAAACAAGACAGGCAUAUCCUUGAACAAGGAGCAGCUCCACCCAAGCCCCCUGUGACAGCUGCUACAAGUUUGCCACCUCCACUUCAGAAGCCAGCAAAUCUCCCCACCAAAAACAAAGGAGAGGCCCAUGAUUUCAUCAUGCCGCCCAACACUGCAGGUACGGCCAAACUUAAGAGAAGAGUCAAGACCAAAUUACCGGUACCUGUGAAUCCUUCACAGCAAGAGAUGUUAGGAUCGACGCUUGAACAGUCUCCAGUUCAGCGUCCGUUUCAACCUUUUGUAAUAAUUCCCCCAACAUUCUCUCCAGUUGUGCAGCAACAACCACCGGUACUCUUACAACUUCAAGGUCAAGUUUCUCUGCCGUCACAGCAAUACUCUUCACCUUUUCUACAUGCUUCCUUGCUAUCAGCGACAUCUCCCCAACCAAAUCCCCCAGUGCCAACUUCGUAUUCCUCCCAUAGAUACCACAAGAGGAAGCAACAGGAAGAGGAAGCUGGUGUCAAGCGUAGGAAGUACCAUAGAACAGCAUCUGUACUGUGUCACAAGUGCAACAAAGAGAGACAUUCCAGUGAUCACACACAGUAUUAUGGGAAUGUUUAUUGCCAUAAUACAGAAACACAGUCUCUGGAUACUUGGAGAGAAAGUUUAAAGAAGAAAUAUGGGAAGAAAAAGAAGGAAUGAGUAUUCAUGCUAUUAAACAAUUCCAGUGCCAUUAUGCUGUUGUAAUGAGUGUAAAAUACAAUGAUAGUGACAUUGUGUAUUUGCAUACAAUGAUAGUGACAUUGUGUAUUUGCAUACAAUGAUAGUGACAUUGUGUAUUUGCAUACAAUGAUAGUGACAUUGUGUAUUUACAUACAAUGAUAGUGACAUUGUGUAUUUGCAUACAAUGAUAGUGACAUUG